AUGAGUAAAAUUCAAGUGCCAGCCGUGAGAGAGUCAAUUAGGACUGUUUUAAAAGAAUCACAAGAAAAGAAUCGUAAGUUUACUGAGACCAUUGAAUUACAAGUUGGUUUAAAAAAUUAUGAUCCUCAAAGAGAUAAACGUUUUAGCGGAACCGUCAAACUUCCCAAUGUCCCUCGUCCAAAGAUGUCAGUAGCUAUUCUCGGAGAUGCUCAUGAUUGUGAUAGAGCUAAAGAAAUUGGAAUUGAGUUUAUGAGUGUUGAAGAUCUUAAAAAACUUAAUAAAAAUAAAAAACUUAUUAAGAAACUCGCUAAAAAAUACGAUGCAUUUUUAGCUAGUGAGUCUUUAAUUAAACAAAUUCCUAGAUUAUUAGGGCCUGGUUUGCAUAAAGCGGGUAAAUUCCCUACUCCCGUAACUCAUAAUGACGAUUUGAAUGCUAAAGCUGAUGAAUUGAGAUCAACAAUCAAAUUUCAACUUAAAAAAGUUUUGUGUCUUGGUGUUGCAGUGGGUCAUGUUAAAAUGAGUGAAGAUGAAUUAGUUGCAAAUAUUAUGUUGAGUAUUAAUUUCUUAGUUUCCCUAUUAAAGAAGAAUUGGCAAAAUGUAAGAAGUUUAUAUAUCAAAUCGACUAUGGACAUGCGGAUUACAACUCUUGAUAAAGGAUUUUGUUCAGGAGUUUUAAAGGAACAAAAGAGGAUCCAUAAUCCUUUUAAUAGUAUUCACGCAGCAGCGCUUUGUACAUUUGCUGAAACUAUAGGAGGAUUGGCAGUAUUUAGUAAGUUAACUGAUAAGGAUAGAGCAAUUGUAACAAGGAUUAAUAUGGAGUAUUUUAAAAAAGCAAGAGGAUUAAUUACAGCCACUAGUCAAUUUAACUUGGGAGAAAUUAGUGGACAAACAGAAAAAGAAUGCGAAGUAAUUCUUAAAAAUGAAGCACUAGACACCGUAGCAAAGGCUACAGUAUUUUGGUCUAUUAAUAGUAAAAAUUAA